UUUUUUUUUAAUAAUUUACACAAAAAUCCUAUAAUUUUUAAAAAUGUCCAUAUUCGGAGAUGAUGGCGUUGACGAUUUGCUAAAUGGUAAUUUGCACAAUGAUGAAGAUCAAUUACCGGGUGAUGCUGACGACAACGAUCAGAUAUUUGGCGAUAAUGAGCAGGCGGAAGGGGAAACUCAAGAAGGCGCAGCUGCUGUAUCUGCAAAGGUUCAACCUAAAAAACGAAAUGUCCUUAAUCCGAGACCACGCUUAAACGUAGAAGUUCUAAGAGGUCAGCGUGGUUUGCACACGAUUGAGGAUUAUUUUAAAGAUAUUAAAUAUAAAGGUAAGGGCAACGAGAAAGAGGAUCUUGAUGAAGUUAUGCGUCGAAUGCAACAUUGGGGUCAUAGAAUGUAUCCUACAUACAAAUUUGAUGAUGUAUUAGCAAAUAUAGAACGAUUAGGUAAAAAGAAACCACUGCAAGUUCAUAUGUCGCGCUAUCGCCUGGGAAUGCUAGAAAGUAUGAAGAAUUAUGGAGAAAUCAACGAUGGAGAGGGUGAUGAUGACGAUCAACCGCCUGCAGCUGCAGAUGAACCAUAUGAUGAGUUUGAUGCACUAUUGGAUGAACAAAUUGCCAUAUCGAAAAUAGAUCCACGAACACCAGGACCAAGUACUUCAAGGUAUUCUGGUGGAGGAAUGGGCACCUCUACAAACAUAUCGGUUUCGAGCAGUAGUUUUGCAACACCUUCCUUUUCUAAGGGUAACGCUGUCAUAUCUACACCCUAUACAGGACAAGGUAACUUAAAUGACACUAGUGAUUUGGCUACACCUUUGCCACCAAGUCAACCUACAACACCUGCCGCCAAGCAGCAAUUAAGUGCUGAACAAAUGGCUCGUAUUGCCGAGAAUAGAAGAUUAGCGCAAGAACGUUUAGCAGCCAAAAAGCGGGCCCAACUAGAGGCUCAAAAAGCGCCAGAAAUAGUUCAAUCAUAAACAUAUUCAAAAUAAUACUAUGUAUUAGAUAAUUAAGACUUUUAAAAUGCUUUUAGUAAAAGUGAUUUUACAAUGUAAUUAAAAUAUACACAUGUACUGUUUGAUUUGAUUAUGAA